AUGGGCUGUUGCUUCUCGUCGGCCGCUGCUACUUCCGUCGACUCUAGUACCCGCCCAUCGACCGCCAAAGUCAUCGGCCUCGACGGCUCUUUGACGGAGCAUCCCGUCCCGCUGACGGCCUCCCAAGUUAUCAUCGCCUCCGCCGGAGCUUCCUUCGUCUGUAGCUCCGACGGCCUCUUCCCGGGCGCGCCCAUACCGGCGUUGGAACCGGGAGCGCCCCUCCGCUCCGGGCAGAUAUACUUCGUGCUCCCUUCUACCAAGCUCGCUUACCCACUCUCCGCCUCCGACAUGGCGGCGCUGUUCAUGACGGCAAGCUCCGCGCUCUCCUCUGUUUCCGCGAAGAAGCGAAGAAGAGCGACGACUUGGGAGAUGCCGGUGGCCGAGUUCGACGAGGUGAUGUGCGAGAUAAUUAACGAGAACAGCGGCAGCACUCCGGCAACGAUCAACUCCGAGCUGCUUCGUCGGAAGCCGGUGAGCAGGAGGAAGGAGGUCAUGAUGCCGACCAUUGACGAAGUCGACGAGGGAAGCUCCCGAAAUGGCAGGGCUGUGGCGUCCUUGUAA